UCUUUCUCUCUCUCUUUUUUAUCUUUUUUUUUUUUGCUUUCUGUCUUCUCUUCUCUUUCUCUCUUUUUCGUUCUCUUAUUCGCGUUAGUUCUCGCUCCCUCGCCGCUCUCCUUACACCGCACGCGCCCACCGUCCCAGUGUCAGAGCCAAACACAUAAAAUGGCGAUACCGAGACGAUGCAGCUUUCUGGGGAAGCCUCAAGCAUCGACUAGUCGGCUAUAUAACGACAGCUCGCUUUUCUGCAACGACCUGACUGCGGUCGAUUCUUCUUCCAAUGGCGGUAACCUACCGACGCGCACUCUAUCGACAUUUAACGUAGUUAUCUUUUUAGUUACUAAUGACUAGAAUUGAUCGGCCAUCCAAUUGGACGAAUCUGAUUUGUGAAAUAUGUGCUCAUGAAUGGAUAAUACUAGAUAAUAGUAUCUCUUCUUUUUUUUAGCUCUCAUUCACUUUUUAUACUAUAAUUAACCUAUUACUAAAUUUCAUUGGUUAAAUUCAACGAACGGGGUUAGUCGUUAUAAAAAGAAGUACUCACUAAAUAACUGUACAUAUAUUUCUAGGAUUAUUGUAGACAUUCUAAGAAGAAAUUAUUACGACAGAACUGCGCUACCUAGUGGUACGGAUGGAUUAUGAGUCUAUUACCUUUUCUAGUAUACGGUGAUGUUAGAUAAGAUCGCAUGAUCUACGUAUAACCUCAUAAACUAACGGCUACUGUUUUGACAGCUCUAUAAUAACGGAGCAAUCCGCACAAUUUUGCACUAUGAAUAUUCGUAAUGAUUAUUUCAUGUUUAUUUGACGAUUAAUAACUUAUUUCUAACGGUUUAUACCAUUAUAUUUCUCGAAAGAAAAAUGUCUACAAUUAUAGACGAUAAAGUGGUCGCAGGAGCCAAAAGUUUAAAUACUAUUAAAGAAGAUCCCAUCGUAGCAUUGACAGAAAAAGUGAAGUCUCUAUAUCUGUUUCGGGAUCAUUAUUUUGAAAAUCAUCUUAUUAAAGAAGCUAUUAAAAAAAAUAGUGAUGUUGAGAAAGAAAUGAGAGAAACUAUUAGUAAAUUUGAUGAAUGCAAAGGUUAUGAAAUAGAUGGUAGCCGGGCAAAGUAUUAUUAUUUAAAAGGAAAGGCUUUAAACGUUGUAGAUCGUUAUAUUCCUCAAGCAGAAGAACUCUUAAGUAAAGCUGUUAAAUUAGAACCAAAUUUAACCGAAGCCUGGAACGAAUUAGGAGAAUGUUAUUGGAAGAAUGAUGAUAUUCAACAGGCUAAAAAUUGUUUCCUUGGUGCUUUAUCUCACGGUAAGAAUAAAGUCUCUUUACGUAAUCUAUCCAUGGUACUAAGACAAGAACCAACUUCGACUAGUGAGCAGCGUGCACAGAAUAUUCAACAAGGUGUUGAAUAUGCCAAGGAAUCUGUCAGUUUAGAUACAACGGAUGGUACCUCUUGGGCAAUAUUAGGAAAUGCUUAUUUGUCUUCCUUUUUUACACUUGCACAAAGUCCUAACACUUUACGUCUUUGUAUGUCAGCGUAUACACAAGCAGAAAAAGAUAUUGUAGCAAAAAGUAACCCAGACUUAUUUUAUAACAAAGCUAUUGCAUUAAAGUAUCAAGAAGAAUAUAAUUUAGCAUUAAAUUCGUUUGAGAGAGCAAUGUCAUUGGAUCCAACAUGGGAAACCCCAUCCAAUAAAAGAGAUGAACUGUUACAUUAUUUAAAAGAUGUGCAAAAUUUAGUAAAUACAAAUGGGCGUGUUAAACCGAAAAGGCUUUAUCAAAUGAUUAGGGCAUUGGAUACUAAACACUUAGGACCAUAUAAAGGUGGAUCAUUUACAUCGGGUGAAAACUCUAUAAAAUUAGAUUUAGUUCCAUUGAAAAGUUUAGUGCUUGGAAUGAAUAGGGAAAAAGUUGUACUUGGAAAAGUAGUAUGCUGGAUUCAGGACUCCGAUUGUGUACCUUUUGCAUUUUGCCUUGUUGAUCAUGAGAAAACUUGCAUUGCCGUUACGCUAUAUAAUUUAGCUAAGGGUAGAGGAGUUACGGUAGGUGAUUCAGUCGCUAUUCCUGAGCCUUUUGUCAUUCAUCACAAGUUUUCUUAUAUGAACAACGAUUUUGACUUUAAAUCUAUACGCGUUGAAACACCGAUAAUAUUAGUCGUUAACGGAAAAAAAUUGGGUCUUGAGCAACAAGCUGGAGUUAAGUUACAUACUUUUAAGAAAACCGACUGAAAUAAAUUUUUUAAAGCAAAUGUCGAUAUAAUUUUGUGAAAAUUAACUACCGCAUUAUCGUAAAACUUUAUUUAACUUUAUAAAAAAAAAUAGUAGGAUAGUAUUAAAAAAAAACCAGCU